UUUACUUGUUUGGCCCACCAAUCAUAAAGACCCAGUACCACUAAACUGCAUCGGGCAAGUUACUGACCGUUUAUCGACGUCAGCAGAUGAUGACGUCGCCAAUGACGCUCAACAAUAAGUUUAUUGAAAAGAAUCUAUAAAUGAGGCGAGUAUGACUUUUAAACACUCUCCAAUAUAUCAUUGAAUUCUUUCUGUAUAGCAAAACCUUGCCAUAUACCACAUUAAACACCAAUAUCAAUCCAUUGUACCAUACCAACAUGUCCUUCCUCACGCGUGUCACUCCCCGUCUGGGCUCCUUGAACUCCAUUGUCCGCUCCACAGCUACCCCUUCACUUGUUGUGGGAGGCGUACGGUCGAUCACUGCCACGGCAGGAAAGCAAAAGGGUCCCGUGGAAGCAACCAAGGAUACUCUGAAGAAAACGGAUGAGAUUCUCUCCGGUGCAGCUGUGAAGGGAAUUGAGAAGGGCGAGCAAGUGGCAGACGCGAUCAAAGGCACUGCCAACAAGAGUUCCGGUGAACUCAAGGGGGAGGCAUCCGAGCUGGCUGGCCAGGGCAAGAGUAAGGCCGAAGAAGCAUUGGGUUCUGCCAAGGGUAAGACCGAGGAGACCCUUGGUGAAGCUAAGGGCAAGACCCAAGAAACCCUAGGCGAAGCCAAGGGCAAGAUCAAAGACAAGGCGGGCAACUUGUAAAGGUUCCAAAGAAUGACCGGUAUGAUUAGAAUGAUGGUUGCACACAUGUAUUUGUCGUCUCGCAAAAUAUAUCUAUAAUGUACAAUAUCAG